GCCGGCGCGCGAGGAGCGGACCCCGGCGCAGGGACGACGUCCCCCAUGCAGACGCCGCCCUCUCCGGGCUCGGUCGCGCCCUCUGCGCAGCUCGUGGCGGCGGCGGCGCCCCGUGGGCCGCGGCCCGCCUCGCCCUCGCCGCCCCUGACGGCGAGGGCGUGCGCGGAGGCCCCCCUGCACGGCCCCGUCCUCACGGAGCGGCUCCGCGCCAGCACGUCGCCCGGGCGGCUGCCCUCUCCCAGGGCCUCGCCGCGCGGCGCUGCAGGGGAACCCUCAUGCGCGCGGGCGCCCGUGCCCACGCAGGUGCGGCCCCCGCGGCAGGAGCGGCCGUCGCUGCUGCCCUGGGAGCUGGGGCUCGACGGCGGCCAGGACAGGCACCUCGGCAGCCUGCGCGCACCCGACGAGAUCGUCCUGGAGCUCGCGGGGGACGGCGUGCUGGACGUGCCGCUGCCGCAGAGGUGUUUGGGCCCGAUCUCCGUGCUGACGGGCAAGGAGUUCGUGGUUGGUAGACGGCACCAGCCAGAACUUCACCGCGUGGCCGUGGCGAAGGAGUGCCUCCCGUUCCUCAGCCGGGACCACUUCAGCAUCGCGCAGGUCGGCGGGGAGUUCAGGCUGCGAUCCCUGACCGACAACACGAUGUGGCUGGUGAGGGACGGGGACAGCCCGCUCGAGCUCCGGCGCGGCAGCGAGGCGCUGGUCGCCGUCGGAGACCGCAUCGCCCUUGUCACGGGCGGGGACGUGAUCAGCUCCACUACCGCCGUAGGGGCGUGCCAGAAGCUGUGCUGGCACGUGCGCCUCCCCAGCGUGCUCGAGGGCAGCGGCGGCGGCUGGCGGGGCGCCGCCCGCGGAGGCCGUGGCCCGGACGGCCCGACGCCCCCGCGGCCCGGGGCCCUGGAGGGCUUCGGCACGCCGCCCUCCCCGGGCGCGCUGCUGCCGCGCCUCUCCGACCUGGCCCCGUGGAGCUCCGAGCUCCGGGGGCGCUGCACCCCUCCGCGGGCCGCCGUGCCCAAGAGCGCCCCGCCACUGGGCCUGUCGGGGUCGCCCCCGCCGAGGGGUUGGGCCUUCCGGGAGGAGCGGCACUCGGAGCUUUGGAGCCCCGCUCCCAGGAUGCUGCCCCAGACGCAGGAGGCCACCGCCCCGCCCGGCGGGGCGGCGUUUAGCCCCGCCCCGCGCGGGGCUGCGGCCGCGCCUCUCGCGCAGCUGCCCGAGGACACGACUGCGCGCUUUGGGUCCCGGGGCGAGCCGCGGGAGCCCGGCGGCAGCCUGGGGGAGCCCGACUGGGAACCCCUGGCCGGCAGCUUCCUGCAUAGGGCGGCGACGAAAGGGCCGGCGGGCGAGGGCAGCUUCUUGGCCUGACCGCCCCCUUGCGUCGGGCGCGUGGGCGGAG